CGAUGGCCACCAACACGGCGAGAGAAAUCAAUUAAACCGAUGGCGUCUACGUGGUCGGCGGGUCGCCCUGCCGAGCCCCAGUUCGGAAGGCGGUCGCCAACCCUUUGCGCGUUACGCGUCCGUCGCGUCACCAUCCAGCGAUAGCCAGUCCCGAUAGCCGUCUGUCUCUCCACGAUCGUAUUGAUCAUUAUCCCCAAGGUCCAGGUCAGCAUGGACGACCCUGUCGCAGAGCUCAAUGAGCUCUUUGCUGCUGCUGCCCCAGAUGGACUCCCCAAAGAUGUUCUCACGGAACUGCAGUCUAUCCUGCGCAUCCACUCGAUCUCUGCGCAGGAGCUGUUUUACAAAUGGGAGUCCUACUGUCUGAAAAUGGGCCCAGACGAACUAAAGAUGGACCUGGGCACUGUGCGGCUGUUUAAAAAAGAUGUACAGGAUACAUUGGAACGGGAAGCCCGAGGAAAAGCAGGACGACAGACUGACAAGAGAGCUGCAGUGACGGCUACCCCCCGCGCUGCUGCGACGUCGGAUGUGUUUGGCAUGUUGGAUGGACUCACACCGGGGGCGACUGGUCGGAGCAAUCCCGGAUCAGCGAAGCGGAAAUCCGACUUUGCUUCGCCUUCCAUGUCCAAGGUUGGGAGGACUGAUCAGAAUGGUUCGCCAAUGAGGGUCAAGCCUCCGAUUAAACAGAACGGCGAUGGAGUACAAUCGAUUCCUUUUUCCCAGCGCCCGAAUGCAGGCGAGACUCUCGAAACAAUCAACUCCCACCUUUCACAAGCCGAGACCCCUCUGGCGCCCUACUCCGAGGCCCGCAUACGGCCCACAGCGAAUACAGACCUGAAGAAGUUCGGAUAUAAACCCCUGGCAAUGAGGCUGUCCGAGGCAUCCGAGAUCCUCGACGACCGCAUUGACGAAUUCAUGGCGUUGUUUGAGAAGCAGUACGACGCAGACGAGAUCACAUUCGGCAGCGCCGCAACACAGAGCACCAGCGAGAUUGUCGCCGUUGGGCGCAUUGCAUCCGACAGCAUGGAAGGUAAGCUCAACGCGGCGUCACUUGUGCUCGAAACGUCGAGACGGACAGGGGCAGGCGUUCGGGUUCCGUUGAAGCUGGAGUCGGUGCCGUCGGCCAACUUCUUCCCGGGACAGAUCGUGGCGCUGCGCGGUAUCAACGCAUCAGGAAACUACCUUUCAGUCAAAGAGGUCCUCUCCGCACCUCUCCUCCCGCCAGCUGCCUCGUCGGUCGUCAACAUCGAAACCAUCAACCAGAGGCUCGAAGAAGCGGGCCCCGCGCCCUUGAACAUCCUCAUCGCCUCCGGGCCGUACACGGCCGACGACAACCUCGACUUUGAACCGCUGAAAGAGAUUUGCCGCAAGGCUGCGGAGAGCUACGCGGACGGUGUCAUCCUGCUGGGUCCGUUCCUGGACAUCGAACAUCCCGUGCUGGCCUCGGGGGAUUUCGACCUGCCAGAGAUCAACGGAUUGGACCCGGACACUGCGACACUCACAACAGUCUUCCGUCAUUGCAUCUCGGCGCCGCUGCAGCGGCUUGUGGCGGCUGUGCCCAGCAUCACAGUUGUGCUGGUGCCAUCUGUGCGCGACGCCGUGAGCAAACAUGUCUCGUGGCCGCAGGAGCAGCUGCCCAAGAAGGAGCUGGGAUUGCCCAAGCAAGUGCGCAUGGUGUCGAACCCGGUAACGCUGUCACUGAACGAGACGGUAAUCGGAAUGUGCUCGCAUGACGUGCUGUACGAGCUGCGACGGGAGGAGGUGCUGCAUGGCAAGCCGACGGAGGGGAACCUGCUGACGCGACUGCCGAAGUAUCUGAUCGAGCAGCGACACUUCCAGCCGAUGUUCCCGUCGUCGGCGCGGGAGAUGCUGCCGAGGGCGGGGACAGAGAGCGGGCUGGCAACGGGAGCCAUGGUGGACGUGAGCUAUUCAAAGCUGGGCGAGUGGUGGAACGUACGGCCAGACGUGUUGAUAGUGCCGAGCAUGCUGCCACCGUUUGUCAAGGUUGUCGACAGUGUGACCGUCAUCAACCCGGGGACGAUCUCGAAGCGGCGCGGCGCAGGGACCUACGCACAGAUGGCGAUCCACGCGCGGACGAUAGCAGAUGACGAGCGCGAGCAGAAACAAGUGAGCCACAAGUUAUAUGAGCGGGCGCGAGUGGACAUCAACCGGAUAUAGCGGUAGAUAGUAAUCAUGACGAGAUG